AUGAGUGCAGGUUUUUAUGAUACUAAGGACAAAGCUCGGGAAGCAGCAAAGGAGAUAGCAAAAUCCCUCGGCUUUUUCUUGAUAGUGUCCACAAUCAAACGAAAUCCGGGAGAAACGAAUCCGCGGAUAUAUAUGGAUUGCAACCAUGGUUGCAGGAGCAUAACAUAUAUCCCAGAUCCUGAUAAGCCAAGGCGGAAUAAUACGAAGACGGGCAAGUUGGGUUGCAGAUUCAGAGUGGUAGUACGGGCAAUAUUGGUGGAUGGUUCUUUGAAAUGGAGAAUUGAUGGUGUGAGGGGGUUUCAUAAUCAUAAACUUGAGCUUUAUUCUGAAGGGAGCAGCCAAAGAAAUACUCUCACAAAGGAGAAGAAGGAAGACAUCAAGAAAAUGGAGGCAACGAUGACUCAGCCGAAACAAAUGAAGAAGUCUCUGAAUGACACGUAUGAUGCUCACCACAACAUGAAACAAAUUUACAAUGAAACUGGCAAGAUUCGGCAACAGAGAUUGGGUGGUAUGAAACCCAUGCAGUGGACAUUGAGGGAAGCUCAAAAGCUCGGGUAUUUCGUUGAGUGUGAAUUUGAUAUUGAUCGUCAUGUUACUAAUCUCUUCCUUUGCCACCCGGAGUCUCUUCAGAUGUUGAGUGCUUGGUAUUUCGUUGUUCUAAUAGACUCGACAUACAAAACCAACAAGCAUAAGAAGCCAUUGGUUCAGUUGGUUGGUGUUACUCCGGUGCAGAAGAACUUUAACAUUGGGUUUGCAUUUGUGGCAGAUGAAAAAAAGGAGACAUACACUUGGGUUUUGUCGCAACUAAAGAGUGUGCUUGGUGGUAGGAUCCCAAAUGCUAUUGUCACAGAUAAGGAGGGAGGAUUGGGUGUUGCAGUGCGCGAGAUCUUUCCAGAAUCUACUCACUUAUUAUGUGUAUGGCAUAUGAAGAAGAACAUUGAAGCCAAACUCAUGAGCUUUCGAAUGAGUAGAGAAGUCGCAGAGGGUUUUGUUGAAGGUCCUUGGGGAACAUUGUUGUAUGCCAAUACCCAAGAAGGAUUUGAUAGUGCUUGGGUGGACUUACAAAAUAGUCGUUGGGGGGACAAUGGACGAUUGAUGAACUACUUGAGAGGCGAGUGGCUAUCUUGUGCGAGUAAAUGGGCUAAUUGCUACACCAACCGUGUGUUUCAUAUUGGCAACACGAGCACAAAUAGGGUGGAAUCAGCUCACUCCUCUUUGAAGUCAUGGCUUAACACUUCUAGGCACAAGAUUGAUUCACUCUUCAUGAGAUUCCAUGCUUGUGUGGAAGGUAGAGUGAUUGAAUUGCGAAAGGACCUAGAGGAAUCACGAUUGAAGGUAAAUUCAUUUUGA